GCCAUUUCUAGACGGGGGAAACGAGAGUUGCGCUACUUUUUAAUCCGUUGCAUCUGCCUAAAUGCACUUUUAUAAAGAAAAAUAUUUAACAAAAGUCGAUGAAUCAGACUUUGAACUGUACUUCGGUCUGAUUAUUUUUUUAAUCAUUGCGACGGAUUAGCAGCGAGACGGGCUUGAAAGUACAGGGACAAGAAAGGGGUUACCCCGAGUACGCAAGAUGAGAAGAGGGAUCUCCUCGGCUCCGGACAAAGUGAUUUUAGCGGGGGUUGGGGGCUCUCCUUUGGAUAAUAAUAUAAUUUUAACAACUCUAUCGGAUCGUUUAAACCCCGCUCAGUCCAAUGCUACCUAUAUCCAAAUAAUAACGACCCCACCGCCUUGCAACGUUACACAGACAUCAAAUGUGUGUUUAUCCGAGCCUCAGAUAAACAACAUUUACACAACUCCACAACAAGCUGCUGCAAAUGGAACAGGACAACGACCCACUCUAGGAAGACCGCCGGCAAAAAGACGGUUGGCGCUAGACGACUCAGACCACCAGUACCAGUCAGAACCAGCCAGGACUCCAAGAGGCAGAGGAGCGACUGCAGCUGCCAAUGGAACCCGGCUAAAGGCGCCCAGAACGCCCAAGUCUCCUCCAGAGAAAACGCGGUAUGACACUUCCCUGGGCUUGUUAACUAAGAAGUUUGUGGAUCUUCUAGCUCAGUCUUCUGAUGGAGUUCUGGACCUUAACCUUGCUGCUGAAACCUUGCAGGUCCAGAAAAGACGUCUGUAUGACAUCACCAACGUACUAGAAGGAAUUCAUCUCAUCAAGAAGAAAUCAAAGAACAACAUUCAAUGGAUGGGCUGUAGUCUAUUAGAGGUGGAGGGGGCACUGACUCAGAGACAGAGACUGACAGCAGAAGUUUCAGCGCUUGGAGAGGAAGAGCACAGACUCGAACAGCUCAUCCAGAGGUGCACUCUGGAUAUGCGACACAUGAGUGAAUCACCAGGCAACCAGAAAUAUGCAUAUGUAACGUACCAAGACAUCAAGCAGCUCGGAAACCUCAGAGAUCAGACCAUCAUUGUUGUCAAAGCCCCCACAGACACCAAAUUAGAAGUACCAGACCCUGACGAGAGUUUAUCCAUCCAUCUGACGAGCACCAAGGGUCCUAUAGAUGUCCUACUGUGCCCAGAUGAAGAGAGUGACCCCAGGAGUCCUGUAAAAAAUGGCAAUAUGGACAUAAAUGGGAACUCGCCUUUCCUUAAAGUCCUUCAAGAUUCAAGCAGCACAAACACUUCCUCCGCCUCCUCAUUGGCUCCACCUUCCUCCUCCUCUUUGUCAGCGGUCUCUGUCACGACUCUGUCCCCCAUCUCUUCUCCUUACACCAGUCUCCUCCAGCAAACGGAAGACCAGAUCCCUUCAUCUCUGGGGCCCUUCUUAAACCUCGGGCCUCCUCUUCUGGACCAGGACGACUACCUGUUAGGUUUGGGAGAUGACCAGGGAAUCAGCGACUUGUUUGAUGACUUUGAUAAGAUGCCCUCUCUUGUCCUGGAUGAUCUCCUGUGUAGCUAGCGGUAGCUGAUACAGUUCAGAUCACCUGCAUGGUUUUAAUGCCUGAGACUGACUAGUUAGGAAGCCAAUUCUAAAUAGAUGAAAAGAAAACAUUUGAGAUACUUUUUUUUCAUUGACACAGGAACUAAAUGCCAUGUCGAUUCAAGAUGUGAGAGAUAAAAAGCCUUGUAUGUGUUCACAGUCAGUGUGAAGACAUUGAUUCUUUGUCUCAGGCUAUGUAAGGCCUCCAGAGUAGCUGAGGGUUGGGGACAUGGGGUGACCUCUCAUCUUAUCUGUCUAUUUAAGAAAUGAAUUGUGGGGCUAAUUUAACCUCUCUGUAUGGUGUAAUGUUCACUUCUUAAUACCAAGAUGGGACAGCCGUGCUACCUGGCAUUAACACACAUCAUAACUGCUACAGAUGCACAGAUAAGAUCAUCCAAUACAUCCAUCAAACCCUGUGUGUAAGGAUAAAUAAAAUGCAUUUAUGGUGAAAUACGGUUAAAUCUGUGGGGAUAUUAAAGGCAUCUUUGGUAGAUUUGUGAAUCCCACGUUCCGACCAGGAAAAUCGCUACAGAUGUGUUAAUGCCAAGUGGAGACAGAUGAAUUCUUGAUCGCAUUCUUUACACCAAUGAUCUGUGAUUUUAAGGCUUAUACUGCUGAGUGGAAAAUAGGGAUUUUUUGGUGCAAAAAGUGUUGGACGGUUUUUAGACAUUAAAAGAUAAAAAAAAAAAAAAAACAGGCUAAUUUCGUACACAGCUUUCACAACUUUAAUUUCUGUCUGAUUCAUGUAGAUUAGACAGGUGGAAGUUUGGUCGUCUAUGCUUAUUCAGACAUGUCUUUAAAUUUGGGCUUAAAAUUGUAAAGAUGUGAGUAUGAGCAUUUUGUGCACUUCAGUUUAGGAUUAGAUUGGGUGCUCAUGACUAAAACAAAUCUGAAGAAAGUUGUAGACUGACAUUGACAUUAACCAGAAGAAUAAUAUUUCUGCCGUGUGACCACUAACUAUUUCGAUCCCCUUUCACAUAAUCUAUACAUCUCUUUUGGAAAUGUGUAACCAUUUUCUUUUGCUUAUAUGUAUCAGAAGCUAAACGGGGUUAAAUGAAUAAGGGAUCUUUGUUACCUGGUCACUUGAUUAGUUUGUCAUCUACUGGUCAAAUGGGCAACCUAAUAUUUUGUACACAGUAAAAAUAAGGGAACUUAACAUGUACCACCAAACCUUUCAUGACCCAGAGUUUUUUGUUGUGUUGCUUUUAGAACACAGAGAAGCCAUUGCCUCUGGGUAAUAUAAGGUGCAGAAAAAAACCUGAUGCGUGAAUCUGGCUACCUAAUUUUAAACUCAAACGUCACAUGUGAAACACGCUCCUGUUCAUAGUUGGUGAAUUCGAGACCCACACUGUUGCUUUCUUGCUGCUGUUGUUUCCCCAGCCCUUCCACCUUUCUCAGCAGAAGCUACCAUAACCAAACUCCCCAUAAAACUUCCUCACCCAGACUGUAUGCCGUGAACUGACACUGUAGUUUGAGAUGUUUUGACUUGUUGAUGCGCAUUGACCACUCGGUGUGUAGUCGAAGCAGUGCAGGACGCAAGAUAGGCAAGUAUUAACUUUUUACGUUCAGUAAGUGUUGCCUUUUAAUGGAUUUUAAUACGUCAGAAGCGACUAGGUGGCAGAUCAAGGCUUCAUCGUGUAGUGAAGGACUUGUUCCCUAUAAACAGGCUAAAAAUAAGAAAUCAAACCUGGUUUAUAGUCAGAUAAAUGGAAGUGAAACUAAGCCAUGUUUCACACCAGGCCUGAAAAUACAUUUUUGUCUGGAGUUGCACAUUCUUACAACAGGAAAAGUCAAACACUUGAAACACACUUGCUGUUCCCUUUGAAUAGCUUGUUGAUUUUGAUUAUAUCCCUGACAGUAACUUUGCUUGAACAUCUUGUCUAGAUUAGAAACCUGCAGCUGCAGGUAACAUUGCUGCUGAUAUUAACUUUCCCCCCAUCCUGGUUGAUGUGCGCUUGAGUAGUUGUGUGUGCAGCAUGUGUGAGAUAUGUCAAAGAUUAAGCUUGCUAAAGAGUAAGCCUGCCAUGUAUAAAUUCAUGUACAGUUUUCUAAAUUUUCAGUGCACAAGGUACUGUAGGCUACCUCUCACUUAAUGUUUGACAACAGAAAUAGGGCAUAGAGAUAAAUGUCAUAGUGUGUAUGAGUUUUUGAAAUCUUAUUUGUCAUAAAAAAAAAAGACCCUUAUAUGAUUUAGAUUUGAUGUUGGAUGUUAUGUCACACUUGGUUUUUUUUUUUUUUUUUUUUUUUUUUUAAUGUGUGCAUGGUUCACUCAUACCCAGACACAAAUAAGUAUAUCUUUAGGUUUAAAGCAGUCUCAUACUAUCAAAACUUAAAUUACAAUAUUGGGGUGCACAUUUGAUGCUUUGAAAAGUGGAUGAAUAAAUUUUUGGGUUUUUGUUUUGGUUUUUUUUUUCAUAAGUUAUGUAGUUUGUGUCAUGGUUUUUGCUCAGUUUAAUGUAGAGCAUCUGUUUGACCUUAAAAAAAAAAUGAGAAAAGAAAAAGUAAUGUGCAUUCAGUCAUUUAUUCACAAUUUGCCUAAUUUCCCUUUACUGGUCAUUAGGAGAUUUGGAGAAUGGACAUCAUUCAACCAAACCGGGCUCAGUGACUUUUGUCCUCUGCUGAAGUGCGUAGGGAGCUUUGCAUCUGUGACACUGUGUGUCGGUUUUAUAUUUGGAAUGAUGUGAGGAUGUUUUGUGAUGUUUGUGAUUUUUUCACAUUUCUGCCAUUUCAGUUUCCAUAUUGUGGACUAUAGGGGCCUGUUGAAAAGCAUUUUGACUAGGUAAAAUCUAAACACAAUUCACUUGAAAUCAUUUCUUACUUGGUCAGCAUAACUUUAGUUUUGUUAAUACCACUAUCAUAAAUGAAAAGAAAUAUGACUUGGAUGCACAAAAAGCCUAUUUACAGAUUUUUCCUGUAGGCAUAUUUAUAUCAGUUUAUUGUAUGUGUAUUUAUGGAAAGUCGAAUUCAAUUUUUCAUAUUUGGUUCACUAACCACAAUUGUGCUAUAGUCUAAGAACAUUUACUCGGCUAAAUUGUCUUCUGCUCUCGGUGAUCAGAAACUGGUCACAAUAUUUUAUCUCUAAUGUGUUAGGAAAAGGAUUUUUGGAAAGAUUGUACCUUCCCAAGACUUUGUAAUGGAAUGUUGAUGUUUUAAUGCACCGCUAAAGCUAUUGUCAUUGCCAGUGAGUCUGAAAAUGUAAUCUAAUUGACUGUUAAAUUUAAAGCUCUUUCAUUUCUAAUGUGAUUCUGAUGGUGUUAUUAGACCUUGCAGAAAAUUAUUAGGCUAAUUGUCGUGUUAACUCUAGUCAAAUUUAAACUGCGCUUUUUUCCUGUUAUUUUCCUAUGAUUAUUCUUAAGCUGUUACCAAAUACACUGAUCUGUAAUUAUUCUGUAAAGGUUAUGUGGGGAAAAAAAACACAAACAUUUGAUAGGAAAUAAUUGAC